AUUCGGACUGAGGAAUUAGAAAGCAUCAUCUUCUUAGUAUAUAAAGAAUAUCACAAAAUCAAUAAUGAUUACUGGCUUCUUCCUCAUCAACUUGACCCCAAUAAACACCAGACAAAUAUAAAUAGGUAUGCCCCAAAAUGGAUUCUCAGUUGGCUACAGUCCUGACCAGUGGCAGCCUGGAUGUCCAAAAUGGCAGCCAGUGUACAGAGGGAUCAGGGCCAGUGACAGAGGUUUUUUUGGACCCAAAGGAAAAAACCUCAUCAAGUACUCUAGCAGGUAACCUCCAGCCAUGCCCUGUCAAAGCAGUGACCAUCAGGCAGGAUGCUCUAUCAAUCAAUGGGAAAAAGCCAGAGGUGGGCGGGACUUCUAAGCCAGCCUCUCAGGAAACAAGUAAGAUUGGUGGGUUCAGGCAGCCAAUUACAGUAAAGACUGGAGUGCCUGUUCUGCGCAGCCAGCCAAUCAGAAUCAAAAUUGUUGUUCCCCCACGGUGCAAAAGGCCAAUCACAAAGUCCACCAUCAGCCUGACCAAAGACUUUGCUCACUCACAUUUCAGAAGACCUGUUUUGAUCUCAGCUGGAGCUGCGAUUACAGAGGGAAACAGCGGGAAAAUCCAAAUAUCUGCUGUAAAGAAUGAAGGAGAGAUAAAGGAAGUUACAUAUCAAAAGACUCUAGCAGAAUCAUUCCAUGGGACAGAGGCAGAGAAGGGGGAGAAAAGGGAUGUUUUGGAUGCUAAAAUGAUUCACAUUGAUGGGUCAGUAACUCCUUUUAUCUCCAGCACUAAUACAGUUAAAAUACUGAGCUGGCAGGGGAUUAAAGAGGAAAGUGCAGAAGGAGAACUGGAGAAAAAUGUUCCUCUAUAUUUGCAAGAAAUGGACUUGAACUCUUUUAAGAAGUUUGAUGAAUUGGGGAUGGAGGAACAGAUAGAACCGCUGGACCUGAGUUUGCCCAAGAAAAGAGAGAGUCGAGGGCGCUUUCUGGAUGAUUCUGUCUGUGAGAGCUCACUGAUUAUGGAGGUUGAUGAAUAUGAGGGAGAAGGAGACAGAGACAUAGUAGAAGAGGACGAUGAAGGAGAGGACACGGUGUACUGCAUGGACAGCGCAGACACGCUCGAAGACUCUCUCUUGUCUCCUUCCUUCUUUUCUACCUCUGUCUUCACCUCCCUCUCGUCGGUAGACUGUGACACAGAGAACCUUCUUCUCAUAGACGACCAAGGAAUCCCAUACACUCUUAGUCCAGAUGGACUCAAAGUGCCGCAAGUCGAUGCUUCCACAUCAGAGGAUCCUCAGUCAGAUCAGGCAAAUUCAGCAGAGCUGGAGAAAAAGGGGUCAGGUCCUAGUCUCAGCCAAAGUUUAGAUAAUGCACUGAAUGCACCUUCUGAUGAUAUACAUCCCUCACCAACCCCCGCUACAGAUUCACCAUCACUAGGUCUGGAUCAGACAAAGGCUCCAGAAGUCUUCACAAGUUUGAUUACAAACUCAGAUUCGUCUAAGGCCUCAGAGCCAUGUGUUAAAUCUGUUCAGGAGCCUAACACUGCACUGUCCCAACCCUCUGGGAUAUCAGUCUCCAGCCAGCCCAUUCAGAUCCUCACAAACCCCUCUACUAAUGCCUCGAUUCUGCUUUUAUCGUCCUCCUCUUCCUCUCCUCAGCUCUCCUCUGCUCCGGUGGGUCUCUCGCUUCCUCUUUCUGUCACUCAGACCUCACCUGGUGCUUCCACCCCCGUGUUACUUCUCCUCUCCUCUGUAACCUCUUCCUCUGGUGACUCUGCCUCUACCUCCACUCCUAUUGCUGUCCUUGACCCCACGACUGGUCAGCUGUCCCAGAUCACCACGGACUCCGCCCCAGUCUCCCUUCCUCUGCCCUCUGGUCAGGUCAGCACUCUGGGGUCGCCUCUGCCCACGCUGUCUCAGCCUGUCAUCAGACUAAGUCCCAAUAACCCCCCUGUUAUCCUAUCAGGAAUGAAUAAUGUAAACUCCAGCUCUGUUCUCACCUCUCUUGCUGUCCCUUCACCCGCUCCUGCUCUCCACAACAAUCACGUUAACACUUCUGGAGGAGCCCUCAUUCACGCUCAGAUCAACUCUUCCGAUUCGAACCUCGGACUUGAAGCCAUAUCUGCCGAAGAAGUCUCAAAUGAGAACAACAAGCCAUCAACUUUUACAGCAGCAGCAUCCUCUCCGCACAAACAGUGCGCUGCUAGUUUGACCUAUGACCCCUCAGCUCAGCCCAGCUCAGACGCAGAAGCCCAAUCACCAGCUUCAGAGCCCAAAUUUGACUCCUCUGACCUGCAAUCGGAACAUUUACCUCUGGAGGACCAUAUUUACUACUCCAGCGCUGCUGCUCCUUCCUCUCCUCCUAUCGGAACCAUCCUCUCCUCUGGCAAACUUGACCCCCUCGACCCGCUAGACCCUCUUUCUCCAGCGGCGUCACCCAAUGCCAUGAGCUCCCGCAGGGUGCUGUACUGCCAGCUGUGCCCGCGGGUCUUCUUUUACCUCUCUGACCUUGAGCGCCAUGCCAUCACUCACUCACAGAAGAAGCCUCACGUUUGCCAGCAGUGCGGCAAAGCCUUCAAACGCUCCAGCCAUCUGCAGAGACACAAGCACAUCCACACAGGCCAGAGGAACUUUGUGUGCCCCAUAUGCGCCAAACGCUUCAGGGAGGCCGGUGAGCUGCAGCGUCACCAAAGGGUGCACACCGGAGAGAAACCCUACCAGUGCCAACUUUGCCACACGCGCUUUGCAGAGCGCAACACACUACGCCGGCACACCAAACGCAAACACCCAUACCACCAAGUUGCCAUGGAAAUGCUGAGCGAGAGGAGAGACAGAGGAGGCGGCCGAGGAGACGGUGGAGGCGGUGGAUCCACACUGCAAGAAGAGGAAGAGAGUGCCGAAUGGUACAGCUCCACUGUGUCUAACUUGGAUAACUCUGAGUCUGAAAUGGAACCUUAAGGAGUAAUUCACUAACUUUCAAAGAAGGGAGCACUUGCAAUAUAUAUUUUAAUGUUUUGAUGCUAAUUUAUUUAUGUGAAUGUAUAUUAUUCCCAUUCCAUUUGAUGGGCCAAAAAUACAGCCUUCAAAGUCAUACAUGAUUUUGAAUUAACUUUCCUGUAUUCAAAAAAAGUUACAUAUAUGAAAGGGAGAGCUUGGAAUCCUGUUUUUUAAAAAUGUGAGUUCAAAAUAUUAACUAUAAUGCUAACAUGUCCCCAUUAAAUUGCAUUCCCACACAAUCCAUGAUAAAACCCUAAAGUGCUCAAAAAGAUAAUUUACUAAAACAAUUCUUUGCUCUAGUUGUAUAUAUGAAGAGCUGCACUUCUGCACUAUCUUAUGUGAAAGAUGUAAUCUAUCUUUCUUACCGUCAGAGACACUGUGAGUCAUUUGCACUUGUUUUACUUUAAUCAAUAUUCACUUUUUUACAUUGUGAAUGAAAAUACUUACUUUGUCUUUUGUUGCCUGUUGAUUUUAUGUAUUUAAUACAUAUAAUGUAAGAGUUUGACCAAAUGUUUUGAGUUAUUCUAACAUAAACACUAUAUUCAGAUUU